AUGAUUUUGGUGUUGCAGUUAUAAGCUACCAUGCGCAACACUGUCUCAAGCAUAUUUUAGUGCACUACGAUCCUCACGCAUCAGCUUGUCUUACCCAAAGACCCUGUCAGCCCUUUUUGUGCUCUUUUCCGGGUGUCUCCUCAGGUCCUUGUUUGUGUAUAACCUCGAGCAUUAGCCUGUUUGCCGAUUACACUUCCUCAUUCACUUUGAACUUCUUUUUUUUUCUUUAAAAAAAAACAGCGUUACUAUGUCGUCCAGGUGGUCAUGGGGAUCUUCCAAGUCCUCGAACGAUCAGAAGCAUAUAGGUUUCAUCAGAUCCUUCGUUGAAUCCAUUCACGCUGCUUUAAAUGGACGGUCAGCACAUACCUCAACAGCAACGAUGGUUAACGGCCAAAUUACUCCUCCGCAAGAAGACAAGAUGGAGUUUCCGCAAUUCUCUCUCAAUCCUGCAACGCCGAUGUCAGAGCUGCCUGGGCAAUUGCCGAUGUCUACAAUUGGCGAAGAUGUCGAUCCCCUCCCUAUCGCGCAGGCUGCAUUGCUUCAACUUCGUACCAUGGAUCCUGUCCUGCUUACUGAGGAUACCCUCUGGAGAGAUAUAUUCGCAUUGACGGGAACCACCAGAACUUUUCAUGGUCCAAGGCGUAUUCAGGAUACGUGGAAAGAACUAUUGGCCUCGCACGACGUGGACGAAUUUAAGCUUGCUCCUCAGGGAGGCGUGACCAUAGCUCGACCAAUGCCCACACUGAACUGGAUCCAAAUUAAGUUCUCAUUCAAGGCGAAGACAAAGCCCAGAAUGUCGUGUAUUGGUCUCUUAAGGCUGAUACCCGUGGAGAACGCGGGCUGGAAGAUAUGGUUCCUGACAACAAUCCUGCAAGGCAUUGACGGAUUCCCCGACGUGGACUUUCUUGAGCCAACAGCGAAUUCAGAUGCAGCUAGCCUGCCAAACACAAUGCCUUCCGGAAGUCCUGACGUGCUGAACUGUGUGAUCAUUGGUGCAGGGAUGGCGGGCCUAUGUCUUGCUGGCUACUUGAAAGCAGUCGGCUGCCCGGCAGUGAUACUCGAGCGCAAAGAAAGCGUGGGCCAGACGUGGGAAGAGCGAUACGACUCUGUCUCCAUACAUACAUCAAGAGCCACUGGUCAAAUGCCAUUCGAAAAUGUGUGGGGUCCUGAAUAUCCCUAUCACCUUAAUUCCAGACAUCUGGUGGAGGGCUUUCGCAAGUGGGUAAAGAAGUAUCUCCCCAACGAGGUCUGGCUGUCAACAGAGCUGAUUAAAGCUCACUGGAACGAUGAAGAACAAAAUUGGACACUCAAAAUCCGACAAAAUGGACUUAAUCGUGAGAUAAGAACUAAGCACCUCGUCUUCGCGCUCGGUCUGUGCUCACUCAAGUAUAUGCCCGAGCUUCCCAAUCGCGAAGCGUUCCACGGUACUGUGAUGCAUGGCUCAGAAUACAAACAUGCGAAAGAUUGGAAGGGCUUGAAAGGUGUAAUUGUUGGUACUGCCAACACCGCCCACGAUUGUGCGGACGAUAUGCUGGAAGCGGGCCUGAGCUCGGUGACGAUGGUCCAACGAAGUGCAACACCGGUCCUGCCCGUGGAAUAUUGGAGCAAAGUCUACGACCCGGUCUACAACGAUGCGAAUCCAGUCCAUGUGUCAGACACUAUGAUGUUAUCAGCUCCGAAUGCGAUAACACGGUUAAUGGCCCAGCGGAUCAUCAGGAAAAUGAUGUCGAUGGAACCAGAGCGGUUCGAGGCUCUCGAGAAGCAGGGUUUUAAGACGGUGAAACAGCAGGACUUCGACAUGUAUCACUACCUCCUUGAGCGUUUCGGAAGUCAUUACAUUGACGUCGGCGUCAGCAAGAAAAUUGCCGACGGUUUGAUUAAAGUGAAAUCAGAUGCUCUCGUUACCGGCUUCAACGAGACGGGUUUAACUUUUGACGACGGCAGCUCGCUGGAUGCUGACGUUAUCAUAUUUGCAACUGGCUACGAAGGUAAUAUGAAGGUGCUAGUUACUCCUCUGUUGGAUGAGCGUGUGUCGUCGAAGCUACAUGACUACUGGGGUACUGAUGACGAGGGAGAGAUACGGGGCGCCUGGAAACCUAUCGGACACCCAAAUAUUUGGUACACCGGUGGUAAUGUGCUGUACAUGCGCUUCUUUGCCAAGUUUCUAGCCAUGACAAUCGCUGCCGAUGUCAGAGGCUGCCCGAUACCCAUCUACGAGAAGAAGUGAUAAUGGUGUAUAUUCCGCAUUGAGUCGAAUAUUGCCGUUUAUGAACAAGAUAAAUUUAAAAAAUUGGUCUGCUAAGUGCUAAUGAAAAUGCCCGUGUUUGUAACAAAGAAGGAGAAGAAGAGCUGUUGCAGUCUGCCACGUAUUUCGAUUCUCCAAAACUUUGUGUACUUUUAU